AUGACCACCUUACACGAAGCCCUCCAAUGCCUCAAACCGACGUCCUGGGAUGACGUUCCCCAAGAUGCCGACGGACUUCGGAGCUACUUACGUGAGAUGUUCAAGAACGGCCGCCUGAUAGCAGAGUCACUACCAGAUCCACCACUCUCCGAAAGCACUUCAUAUCCCGGGCUAGAACACGAUAGGUCUGACUCUUCGACCCGGCGACUUAUUCCCUCUUCCUCACGCGUCGGAGAAACCGAUCCAGAAGUUACAGACCUGCAGAAGGCAUGGGGAAAGCCGAUCAAGAUGGGAGGACCAAAGGACAAUCCCGUAGAUGUGACCGUGUGGAAACUCUCCGCGAACGACGGUGGCGGAUCGUGGUUCGGACGACGGAGUGUGCAUGAGGGUCUCCCGUUCUCGCGAUGGCGUCAGAAGCUUUCGACUGAGUACGACGAGACACUCAAGGUCAACCAGAAGAAGCUUAAGAAGGGACAGACGCCUGAUAACAGCAUUAGGGGGAUUGGUGCUGAAGAGAAGAUCGAGACUAUUGAGAUUAAGGACGACGAUGGCUCUGUUCUUGGAGGUCUGAGUGUCUACCACGUUUCGGCGCAAUUUCCAAGGCCUACUACUCCGCGCGAUUUUGUUGCGUUGAUCAUUAAUUCUGAUCGUGGCCUGGAAAUUGGAGGCACUAAGCAGCCUGGUCGGAGCUGGAUGAUGAUCUCUAAGCCGUGUGACCACGCUGGAAUCCCGCCUAAGCAGGGGUAUACUCGCGGCGAGUAUGAGUCUGUGGAGAUUAUCCGGGAGAUUCCGAAGAAGAAGCAUGGGAGUUCUAGCAGCUCCUCCGGUCGGGGGAGUAACAAGUCGUUGACUCCCAAUCAGCAACGUCCUCAGCAGGAUGGAGCCCGUGAUGAAGACGAGGAAAUGAACCCCGUUGAAUGGAUUAUGGUCACCAGAAGUGAUCCCGGUGGCAACAUUCCGCGGUGGAUGGUGGACAAAGGAACACCGAAAAGCGUGGGAACGGACGCCGCUAAAUUCAUCAACUGGGCUAUUCAAGACAACAAGCCGCCCAAGCAGCCAAGUCCAGAUACGGAACCCACAAAUGGCUCAGGUAAGCCCGAGCAGUCUCAGUCUGUCGACGGCUCCGACUCCGACAAGACAGACAGCUCGGAUUCGGAUUAUGAAUCGGCUGACAGCGACGGCGAACAUUCCCACCACGGCCUGAUUGCCAGUGUCACCGGCCUACUCAAUACCGGCCUGGAACGGCUUGCACCCCAAGUACUGGGCUAUGGCAACCACUCCGAACCACCGAAGAGUCCGCCCGACGCAGAAGAAGUCUCCUACAUUGAUCCAGAGGGCGUAGCGCACCUGUCACCAGAGAGCGCUCGACAAAACAAGACAUCUUCGGACACAGUCUCUUCGAAAUCCCCCCAACCCGACCAGUGCUCGCUAUCCUCCGCCAUCUCCGACCAACCAACACCCGCAAUCAACGAAGGCCCCCCGAACGACCUGACCCCCGAAGAAAUGAUCCAAAUGACAAAGAACGGCAAGCCAAGCUCCUACGAAAAAGAGCUCGCAAAGCUCGCCAUCCGCAAACGCGAGGUCGAAGCAAAGCUAGAAGAAGUCCGCGCCGAACUAGACAACCUCCAGAUCUCGUCCCGUCCACCCACCGCCCCAGGAACACCACCGAGGAACAUCGGCGAUGACGCGAGCGGGAUGCGCAAGCGCGCAGCAACGAACGCCUCUUCACCCGCCAGCUCCCGCACCCAGCAGAGCCAACUCCAGAUCCAGAACGAAGGCGCCAAUGACAGCCAGACAUCUUUACACACGGCGACGCCGGGUCAGGCCGGUCUGCAGAAGCUUAGAUCGCAGCUUCUGAGCGGGGAAGCGAAGCUUGUUAAGCAAUUGCGCAAGCUUGAGGCUAGUCAAUCUAAGGUUGCGUCGAAAAUUCAGACAAAGCAGCGGAAGGAUGAGGAGCGGUCGGAGAAGCACAAGUCGAAGAAGAAGUCUGAGGUUGAGGGGUUGAAGCAGGAGGUGUCGGAUCUUAAGAAGGAGGUGAAGACACUUCGCGGUGAGAGACAGAAGUGGAUCGAUCUUGUUACUUCGUUGCAGGCGGAAAAUACGAAGUUGGCGGCGAAGUCGGAUGGUGCUUGA